UUUUUUUUCUAUUUACUAUAAGUGUUCAUGUUUUAAAUAGUAGCUCAAAUGCUUUUUUUGGGGACACUGGUCAUAGGUGCCUUUAUAUGUACAUGUGUCAAAGUUCUUUUUCUGAACUAGGUGUAUGUCAUUGUUCGAGAAUUUGUUGCUGCUUUCGGCAGUGUUUUAAAUAGAUUUGCAAAGGGGAAGAAGGGUGUGAGGAGUCAGCAAAACGAGUGGAUUUGGCAACAAGUUUUGUAGCUCUGUGCUUUUCUCUGGACUCCACUCUCUGACUGGACUUCUUGUGAAGUUUGUCUGUCGAUGUGGAAUUAACAUUUCAUUUUGCUGGUUACCAACGACACUUCAGAACUUUAAGUUCAUGUUUCCAGAUGAUGUCGAUAUAACGGCAGGCGGCACGGCUCAUACUCCACAAACUCAAGCUCCUGAUUGUGCCAGUGAUACAAAAGGAUUCUUGAUGCCUCAAAGUUUUGCAAAGAAUGAAACCAUUGAAGCUUCACCUGAAACUGAGAAAUGUCAUUUUUGUAUUUGGGACACUGGGACUUUUAUGCACCACUGUCAUAUUUUUAAGAGGAAAUGGAGAAAAACAAGAAGCAGGACUAUCGUUGAGGCAGCAGCUGACAGUAAAAUAUGGCAUUAACUGCACUAAAAUUUAUGAAAUGGAACCAGUGGAAGUGGGUAAAUCCUUAGUCAUCCGCAAGCAAAAAAUCUACAAAGGAUUAACUGAUGCAGCGAUCGCAAAUGCCACCAUUGACUGCGAAUGGUUUGUAUCAUCACAGGGCUACAAUGACAUUCAGGUCACUGAGUCCGAGCGUGAAUUUCCUCUUGCUUACUCUUUAGUUGUUCAUCAAGAUGCCGCUCUUGUGGAAAGACUCCUGAGGGCCGUUUAUGUGCCGCAUAACAUCUACUGCAUACAUUAUGAUCGAAAGUCUUCCACUGACUUUAUGUUAGCAAUGAACGGUCUGGCCCGCUGCAUCCCAAACGUCUUCAUUGCCUCAAAACUGGAGAGAGUUCAGUAUGCAGGAAUCUCACGACUCAGAGCGGAUCUGAAUUGUCUGUCAGACCUCCUCGAUUCUGAGGUCAAGUGGAAGUACGUCAUCAACCUGUGCGGUCAAGAUUUCCCACUGCGGACAAACGCUGAGCUGGUGUCAGAUCUGAAGGGUCUUAAAGGCAGAAACAUGGUGGAAAGCAAGUGGCCUGGAGGAAAGAAAAUCCGCUGGAGUGUUCAUCAUCUGCUGAAAAAUAAUGAUUCAGAGUACUACGAUUUUCCAGUCAGUACUCCAGAGGAGAAACCUCCACCACCUCACAACAUAGAGAUGUUUGUAGGCAGCGCUUACUUCACUCUCUCAAGGGAAUUUGUGUAUUUUGUUCACUGGAGUUCCCUUGCCAAAGAUUUCCUGGCUUGGUCUGAGGAUACAUUCUCACCUGAUGAACAUUUCUGGGCAACUUUGGUUCGUGUGCCUGGAGUGCCUGGUGAGGUGCCGAGAUCAGAUCCGGAAAUCUCCGAACUGAUCAGUAAAACUCAUCUGGUGAAGUGGUCAUAUUUAGAAAAUGAUCUUUACCCAGAAUGCACUGGAGUCAGUGUGCGUUCUGUCUGUAUUUAUGGUGCUGCUGAGCUCAGAUGGCUCUUAAACUACGGUCACUGGUUUGCUAAUAAGGUGGAUCCAACUGUGGACCCUGUUCUUAUUGAAUGUUUAGAAGAAAAACUUGAAGAAAAACGGCGGAGACUCGCAGUGAAUUGACCUCGUUUUCAUCAUUGAGGAAUUGUUUUGGAAUUUAAAACAAAGUUGAGCCAUUUAUUGCGGAAAGUAGUUUAAAAAUGCACUUUAUGUUGUUAUACAGUAAAAGUGUUCCUGAAGAUG